GCCGGCGACAUUAGCUAGCGCUCGCUCAACUCUCUCUCUAACGGGGAAAGCAGCGGACUACCAGAGACUGAAUUCUAUCUGCCUCUUUAUUUCCAACAGACUCACGUUCAACUUUCGCUCACGAAAAUAGCCGGGAAAAUUUUUAUUAAUCCUUUUUUUUUUCUAAAAAAAAGUUAAUAUAAAAUUAUAGCAAAAAAAAAACAAACAAAAACAAAAGGAACCUGAACUUUAGUAACACAGCUGGAACAAUCCGCAGCGGCGGGAGAAGAGAUUUAAUUUUAGUUGAUUUUCUGUGGUUGUUGGUUGUUCGCUAGUCUCACGGUGAUGGAAGCUGCGCAUUUUUUCGAAGGGACCGAGAAGCUGCUGGAGGUUUGGUUCUCCAGGCAGCAGUCGGACGCUAACCAGGGAUCUGGGGAUCUUCGCACCAUCCCGAGGUCUGAAUGGGACGUCCUUUUGAAGGAUGUGCAAUGCUCAAUCAUAAGUGUGACAAAAACUGACAAGCAGGAAGCUUAUGUACUCAGUGAGAGUAGCAUGUUUGUCUCCAAGAGACGUUUCAUUUUGAAGACAUGUGGUACCACCCUCUUGCUGAAAGCACUGGUUCCCCUGUUGAAGCUUGCUAGGGAUUACAGUGGGUUUGACUCAAUUCAAAGCUUCUUUUAUUCUCGUAAGAAUUUCAUGAAGCCUUCUCACCAAGGGUACCCACACCGGAAUUUCCAAGAAGAAAUAGAGUUUCUGAAUGCAAUUUUCCCAAAUGGAGCAGCAUAUUGUAUGGGACGUAUGAAUUCUGACUGUUGGUACUUGUAUACUUUGGAUUUCCCAGAGAGUCGGGUAAUCAGUCAGCCAGAUCAAACCCUGGAAAUUCUGAUGAGUGAGCUUGACCCAGCAGUUAUGGACCAGUUCUACAUGAAAGACGGUGUUACUGCAAAGGAUGUCACUCGUGAGAGUGGAAUUCGUGACCUGAUACCAGGUUCUGUCAUUGAUGCCACACUGUUCAAUCCUUGUGGGUAUUCGAUGAAUGGAAUGAAAUCGGAUGGAACUUAUUGGACAAUUCACAUCACUCCAGAACCAGAAUUUUCUUAUGUCAGCUUUGAAACAAACUUAAGUCAGACCUCCUAUGAUGACCUGAUCAGGAAAGUUGUGGACGUCUUCAAGCCAGGAAAGUUUGUGACCACCUUGUUUGUUAAUCAGAGUUCUAAAUGUCGCACAGUGCUUUCUUCACCCCAAAAGAUUGAAGGUUUUAAACGUCUUGAUUGCCAGAGCGCCAUGUUCAAUGAUUACAAUUUUGUUUUUACCAGUUUUGCUAAGAAGCAGCAACAGCAGAGUUGAUUAAGAAAGAUGAAGAAAAAGCGCAAAAAGAGAAGACACAUAGAAGGUGGUGGCUGCUUCCUAGAUGUUGAUACUGGGGGCCAUGCUGUCCAUGACCACCACCUUGUAGUUGCAGAAAGCCCUAGGUGUAAUGAUAGUGUAAUCAUUUUGAAGUGUAUGCAUUAUUGUAUCAAGGAGUUAGAUAUCUUGCAUGAAUGCUGUCUUCUGUGUUUAGGUAUUCUAUGCCACUCUUGCUGUGAAAUUGAAGUGCAUGUAGAAAAAAACUUUUACUAUGUGAAACUUUACAACUCAUGUGGAAACAAUUCAAUUUGGUUUAUGCACAGUAUAAUAUUUCUGCAGGUAUCAUCCAAAAUUCCCCACAGACAAGGCUUUCGUCCUCAUUAGAUGUUGGCCUCAGCUGACCAUCUGGGACUGUUCUGUUAAAUUGCUGCCAGAAUUUUACAUCCAGUUACCUCCACUUUCUAGAAUAUAUUCUCUACUAAUGUUAUUUAAAAAACCAGUUUCUACUUCAUACAGGUGUUUUUUGCAACGGCAAUUAAAGUUUUUCUUCCACAAGUUGAGUCCUUAAGAAAAUGAUUCCAGUUCAUUUGUGUAUAAGUAUUUGAAUGAUUGUUCCUACAUUUGAAGUCCUUUGCUUUCUCCCCUCACCGUGGUGUCUUGCCUCCCACUCCACCCCCCAAUUAAAGCAAUACACUGUGCCACUGUGGGUUUGUAUAUUAAUAUUACACCCCAGAUGGGGGAGUGGGGGAAAUGGUCCCUGGGCUUAAUUUUCCUUUAAGGCCAUGGGAACGUGGCCUUUUGAGCUCUUCUGGAAUAUAACAAUAAUGUCUCAAAAAUGAAAUUAAAGGUCUCCUGGAUGAUUAGUGGGAGGACCUGUAGACAGUUGGUAGAUCAAGAUAUAGCCGAGCCCUGUGGAAACCAUCUGUUAAGGGAUGCUCUUUAGUAGUUAGCUUCUAAUGCGGUAGUGUACUGCCUUUACUAACUUGUUAAGUGAUCUGAGGGGAUUCUUACCAAGAAGUCUUAAGCAGGGAGAUUUAGCGAAGUGGUGUCCUGGAUGUAGAUCAUUCAGCUUUGCUUACUUCCAGCAGCCAUUGUCACCAGUUUCCACUAAUGGUGUCCUAUGAACUUGGGUUUAAAGCUGAAUCUAUGGCUUUUCCAUCGGACUUCAAGUUGUGUGAUUUGUGACGCAUGUGGACUGUCUGGCUUUACCUGUUCCUUUUGGUCUUCGUUCACAUGAUCAAAUGAAUGACUGCCCAAAAUGAGAACUGUUGCCCUGAGAGCCAUACAGCAGAGUGCAGGAAUGAAUAACAGUCUUCUGAAAAUACACAAUGGGAGCAGACUAGAAAUGCCAGCUUUCUAGAGUUACCAUCUUUUAGCUAAUUAGAAAUACUGUGGGAUUUAAGCAACAGAUAAGAGCAAAGUUGACUAAAUUUUGUAUCUGUUGUCCUCACAAUUUUUUCCUGACAAUUUCUGGAUUGAUGCAGUGAUGUUUUGUUCCUUCCGUAUUUAUAAAUGAAACACCUUUUUUUAGUGUUUCUACACAUAGAACCUACUUGGUUUGAAAUCAAGUGGUUGGAAGGGUUCUGACUUCGGUGUUACGCAUGCUGUUGAUGGGCUGUUUCACCGAGGAGCUCUCUGUCAGCUUUAUCAGUUUGCCUCUGUGGUGAGCCCAGCGCUUAACCUUUUCACUUGCCCUGUUGCAAGGAACAAUGCUUAAGAUGGAUUUUGUUCUUGAACAGUGUCCCAGUAGACUUGAUGACAUUUGUUGGCCUGAGGUUUGAUUUCUUUUUCUCCCCUCCCCCCAAUAGAAUUAAGAAUUCUGAUGUUGAAAACUCACACAAAUUUAUGUGGAACAAAGCCUAAAAAAAUGAGAAAUGUAGAUCAAAUAGUAAUCUAAAUGUGAUAGAGGAGGGAAAAUUUUGGUGCCAUAAUUUCUCUCUUAAUUGGUGUUGGACUUUAAUCAGUUGAAAUGUAUUUCUGUACCACAAUGUAAGCUUCAAUAAAAGUUUGCUUAAUUAAUUAUCUAGUAA